AUGGGAGUAAUGGAGAUGAAAAUUGACAUUUCAUUUUUUGAUCCAUUUGCUGCAUAUCAAAAUAGUCAACAAGGCAUACAUAGAAUUUCAAUAUUUAGACAUGCAUUCAAUGAAAAAAAUAUAAUACAUUCUCAAAAAAUAUUUCACAAUCGAAUAUUGAAUUUGCGCGAGUACCCAGUGCGAACCGGCGUGAUAAACUUUCCUGGAUACUUGGAAAUGGUAAACGAUGGAGAUAUUUUAAGACACACAAAAGUUUAUGGAAAUGUCUUGAAUUUAAUAUCACGUUACAUGAAUUUUAAGCCUAUGUCAAUAAUUCCACGAGACGUCGCUGCUUAUGGUGGACUUUUAGAAAAUGGUUCUGUUGUGGGACUUAUAGGACUUUUAGAACGCGAAGAGGUUGAAUUUGUAGCAAAUGUUAGAGUUUAUGAGCACAAUUUUCUUGAAAAUGCAACAUUUUCUUCUAUUCUGGGCGAAACAUCACAUUGCUUCAUUACUCCUAAUAAAAUAGCCAAUUUGAAGAGCACUUUUACCAGCAUAGUGGGCAAAAGGACAUAUUCUGGAUUAACAAUUACAUGCGUAAUUGCAGUUUUACUUAAGUAUAUUCACCAUAAACUUCAUUGUCAUUACGCUAAGACAUAUAAAAAAUUCGAUCUUUCCAAGCAUUUUAUAGAACUUCUUGCUUAUUAUUUACUAGUGUCUUAUAAAGUACCUACGAAUAGAUUUCACAAAAGUCUUUUCAUCGUUCUUAUAUUUAUGACGAUGGUGGUUAAUUUGACUUAUCAGGGCAACAUGGUGAAAAUAUUAACUCUGGAAACAAAAUCAGUGAAUUUGAAGAAUUUAAGAGAACUUGCAAAUAGCAAUUUGAAAAUUUUGAUGACAAUUGGAACCGCAAGUUAUAAUCCAUUUCGAGCUCUUGGAGAAAAAAUCAAUGAAAAAGUAAAAGCUCGUAUGAUUAAAGUUACUGAGUAUGAUGAAGGUAUAGAUAGAGUUAUUAAUAACAAAGAUAGUGCGUUUUUAGUAUUAAAAUCUUUUAUCGAUGUUUAUGGAAGUAAAUGGUAUUCUAAUAAAACUGGUUCAAGUUUGGUCAACGUAAUUUCUGACGAAGAAAAUAUGAGAGCAUUCCUUGCAUUACUGGUUAUAAGAAGAAGCCCGUAUUUAACUCGCAUCAACUCUAUGGUGAAAAGAAUUCGUGAAGCCGGAUUAUAUGAUAAAAUAUAUAGAGAUUCAGUUUUCAUAUCCCAGUUGCAGUUAUCUCGGAUGCCAAAACCGGCAAAUAAGACCAGUUUUUCUAUGGAAGAACUAUGGUUCAUAUUUUUACUUUUGGGUGCUUCAUUGACCGCGUGCACUGCCACAUUCCUUCUUGAAAUAAUAUAUAAAAAAAUUAGCAGCAGAAAGUUGUUUUUGACAGUUUAG